CAUUUCUACUGUGAUACCUGUUCUGUCCCCAUAUGUCGUGAAUGUACCAUGGGACGACAUGUGGGUCACAGCUUUAUCUACCUCCAAGAUGCCCUCCAGGACUCCAGGACUCUCACCAUUCAGCUGCUGGCAGAUGCUCAGCAAGGACGACAGGCUAUUCAACUGAGUAUUGAACAGGCCCAGGCUGUGGCAGAGCAGGUUGAGAUGAAAGCGAAGGUGGUACAGUCUGAAGUCAAAGCAGUGACUACGAGACAUAAGAAGGCCUUGACUUGCAUUUGUUGUGCUUUUCUGUCCCCCCCCAAGGUGGAAAAGAUUCGUCAAGUCAAGGCUAAGUCACUGUACUUGCAAGUUGAAAAGUUACGUCAGAACCUAAACAAGCUGGACAACACCAUUAGUGCUGUUCCAGAGGAGGGUCGUACCAUGGAUAUUCUUCUGGCUCGGGACCGCAUGCUGGCUCAGGUGCAGGAGCUGAAGAAUGUGAGAGGCCUUCUCCAGCCACAGGAAGAUGACAGGAUCAUGUUCACUCCCCCUGACCAGGCAUUGUAUAUGGCCAUUAAAUCAAUGGGCUUUGUCAGCAGUGGGGCUUUUGCUCCUUUGACCAAAGCCACUGGGGAAGGCCUCAAGCGUGCACUGCAGGGCAAAGUGGCCUCUUUCACAGUGAUAGGCUAUGACCAUGAUGGUGAGCCUCGCCUUUCAGGAGGUGACAUGAUCUCUGCUGUGGUGAUGGGCCCGGAUGGAAACCUUUUCGGGGCAGACGUCAGUGAUCAGCAGAAUGGGACCUACCUGGUCAGCUACCGUCCACAGCUAGAGGGAGAGCACCUGGUAUCCGUGAUGAUGUGCAACCAACACAUUGAGAACAGCCCCUUCAAGGUUGUGGUGAAAUCUGGGCGCAGCUACAUAGGCAUUGGGCUGCCGGGGCUCUCCUUCGGCAGUGAGGGAGACAGCGACGGCAAACUCUGCCGCCCCUGGGGGGUUAGCGUAGACAAAGAAGGCUACAUCAUUGUUGCUGACCGCAGUAAUAACCGCAUCCAGGUGUUCAAACCAUGCGGGACCUUCCAUCACAAGUUUGGCACGCUGGGCUCCCGGCCGGGCCAGUUCGAUCGCCCUGCCGGCGUGGCCUGUGACGUCUCACGCAGGAUCAUCGUGGCUGACAAGGACAAUCAUCGCAUCCAGAUCUUCACAUUUGAGGGGCAGUUCAUUCUGAAGUUUGGGGAGAAAGGAACAAAGAACGGGCAAUUCAAUUACCCAUGGGAUGUGGCCGUCAACGCAGAGGGCAAGAUCCUGGUUUCUGACACAAGGAACCAUCGUGUUCAGCUGUUUGGGCCCGACGGCGUGUUUCUCAACAAGUAUGGCUUCGAAGGGGCACUCUGGAAGCACUUUGAUUCCCCCAGAGGUGUGACUUUCAAUCACGAGGGCCACUUGGUAGUGACAGACUUCAACAACCAUCGCCUUCUGGUCAUCCAUCCAGAUUGCCAGUCAGCACGCUUUCUGGGCUCGGAGGGCACCGGGAACGGCCAGUUCCUGCGCCCGCAGGGAGUGGCGGUGGAUCAAGAGGGGCGCAUCAUCGUGGCCGAUUCCAGGAACCACCGGGUGCAGAUAUUUGAGUCAAAUGGUAGCUUUUUAUGCAAGUUCGGCACUCAGGGAAGCGGCUUUGGUCAGAUGGACCGUCCUUCAGGUAUAGCCGUCACCCCUGAUGGCAUGAUUGUUGUGGUCGACUUUGGAAACAAUCGAAUUCUCGUCUUCUAAUCUGUGUUUGAAUUGGGAAGAAACUGUCUCAGGGAAAUUCUUCUAGGAGAAAA